AUGGAGCAGUGGAAUCGCAAAUGGCGGACCCUCUGGUGUUGGUCGAACGUCUACGUCGGCUGGAAAGUCUCUCAGGCGCGCGCGCGGGCGCUGCCUCAAGAGGAACAGGCGCAGUUCUGGGCGCAGCGCCAUGAGCACUUCGCCAACGUCAUCUGGGAAAACAUCAAAGAACUGCGAGGAUGGUGGGUGAAAGUCGGUCAGUUCAUGAGCACACGGAGCGACUUGCUCCCGCAGCAGUACAUACACCACUUGGUGAAGCUCCAAGACAUGAUGCCUACGUCCGACUUCGCCUCGAUAAAGAAGACUAUCACCUCCGAGCUCGGAUGUGCCGACGCGAUCUUUGAGCGAAUCGAACCCGAGGCCCUCGCGUCCGCCUCCAUCGGUCAAGUGCACCGCGCGUGGCUGAAGGACGGGUCGCCUGUUGUCGUGAAAGUGCAGCACGCCGAUGUCGAGACGCUGUUGAGCCACGACAUGCAAAAUCUGCGACAGCUCUCCUGGGCCUUUGGCCUGUUGGAGUCUGGAUUGAACUUCGCGCCGAUUCUCGAAGAAUGGCAGAAGGCGGCGGCGAAGGAACUCGAUUUCCGCUACGAGCUUGCGCAUCAGCUGCGCGCCUACGAGGGCGUCAGGCGAUCAGGAAUCGGAGUAAAGAUCCCGAAGCCGUAUCCGGAGUUCACUUCGAAGAAAGUGUUGGUGAUGGAAUUCGUGAACGGGUUCAAAAUCACAGACACUGAAAAGCUCGACCACUACCAGGUUGACCGACGCGAGCUGAUGUUCAAGCUCUGCGACAGCUUCGCGUACCAGAUUCACAUCGACGGGCUCUUCAACGGCGACCCGCACCCGGGCAACAUUCUCGUGGAGGUCAACGAAGAGACGGGCGAGGCGACGCCAAUCAUCCUCGACUGGGGGCUCGUCAAGGAGUUCGACUCCAAGGGACAGCUCGCCUUCUCCAAGUUGGUCUACGCGGUGGCGUCGAUGAACGUCAUGGGGCUGAUGGAGGCGUUCGAGGAUAUGGGCUUCAAGUUCAAGGAAGGCGCGGGCGCGGUCAUCGACCCCGAGAUCUACAUGGACGCGCUGCGCAUUGCCCUGAGGGACGGCGAGGUGGAGAAAGACAAAACGGACGCGCUGAAGCAGUCGGCGGGUCAGACGCUCGGCGCUGCUCAGAAGGCGGGCUUGACUCGGAAGAAAAUCCAAGAGAAGAAUCCCUUGGAGGACUGGCCAAAGGACAUCAUUUUCUUUGUCCGCGUCGCGUCGAUGCUCCACGGGCUCUGCGUCCAGCUGAAUGUGAAUCUGCCAUUUCUCCAAAUCAUGGUUAAGCGCGCGCAGGAGUGCCUCUUCGAGCGCUACGUCCCGCCCUCGCCUCUCGUCUACGUUCAGCUGCUUGGGAAACCGUAUCGAAAGCCGCACUCGCAGCUGGAAGUUCGCGUCCACCGACUUCUUCGUGGGCUGUUCAACCGGGGCCUGCUGCUCGGCUGUCAAGUCGCGGUGAUCAAGGAGGGGGCGCUGCUCGUAGACGCGUGCAUCGGGAAGAUGGGCCCUGUCGACGCGCGACCGGUCACCUCCGACAGUCUGUUCUGCGGCUUCUGCGUCUCAAAAGGCCUGUUGACGACGGCGCUGCUGAAGCUGGUCAGCGACGGCGAGGUGCAGCUGGAUGACCUCGUCUCGAAUUGGUGGGACGGCUUCAUUCGCUACGGGAAGAAGAACAUCACGAUUCGCGAGUUGCUGUCGCACCGCGCGGGCCUGCACCGCGCGCUGCCUGUCGACCUGACGCUGUCGAAGCUGACCAACUACGAGACGAUGGUGCGGCUGAUUGAGGACGCGCCGCCGGCGACCGAUUCGGGCGUCGAGGGCCGAUACGCGUACCUGACUUACGGCUGGGCGGUGAGCGAGCUGGUCGCCUCAGUGGCCUGCAUCCCCGUGGAGACCUUCGUCAAAGAGAAACUUCUGAGGCCCUACGACCUCGAAAACUGCAUCUUCCUGCCUCUCCCGGAAGAAGAGACGCAGCCCGCCGCCGCCGCGAGCGACGGCGCGAAAGGGACGACGACGGACGCAGCCCGGCUGCCGAAGGACGUGCGUCCCGAGGGGGCGGAGACGCAGAAAGACCGCCCUGCCGCGUCGUCCGCAUCGGCGUCCGACGCGUCUUCGCCGCUUGUCGGUCCCUCGCCGUUUGCGUCUUUCGCUCCGCCGUCUUCCGCGUCGAGCUCCGCGGCGCAUUCGCAGCGAGCGAGCGUCGAGGAGCCCAGGGUCAAAGACGCAGCGACCCGCGUCCUCUCUGCCUCGGCGCUCUCUGCCCUCUCGUCCUUCACCAGGACCCUCGCAGACGGGAAACAAAUUCUGACUGAGAAGCUCGGGCACCGGUUUCUUCACUCGCGCCGCGGCGAGGCCUCCGCGGCCUGCUCGGCCUUGAAGGGCGACGCCGCGGCCGAGCUGCGGAGCGACUCCGACGACGGCGAGAAGAAAAACAGCGUACCCGAAGAGGCGACGGACAGCCACCGCGACGCCGAGACGGCGCCGCGCGCGCCGGAGGCGGCCGCGGAACGUGCGGGAGAGGGUGCGGCGGGGAGGAGACCGAGCGAAGACCUCGGCGGGGCGACGAAAGGGACUGAAACAGAGAGCCAGGGCGGGGACCAAGAGGCCCGAGAUGCGCGGGUGAGCGAGGAGACAAGCACACUACACAACUCACAGGCGGAUGCGGUGACCAACAAGCGAGAAGAAGACGGAGAGAAGACGCGCCCCGGCGCGCUGGAGCCACUCACCCCGCCGCCGGUCGUCUCGCCGUUGAGCCCGCCCUCGAGUGAAUUCGGCGAAAGAGGGCGGCAGGAACGGCUCGAUGGACAAGACAGCGGACCCAGCGACCAGGCGGGUGAGCAUACACGGCUGUCAAGCGCUUCUGAGACGGCUGCGGGGGAGCAGAAAACGCGCGAAGGCCCCACGGGGGACGCUGGCGAGCGGCAGCCUUCGUGCACUGCCUCCCGAUGCGCGAACGACACGAGAGACGGCGAUGGCCGCGCGGAAGGAAGCGCCGACGUCGCUGCCGUGGAGGAGGCAGGAGCCCAGGGGGCUCGUGGACGAGAGGAGGGAGAGGAAGGAGCUGGACGCGGAGACAACAUUUCCGUUAUUCUGCAUGCGCCUGACUCCCCCGACGGGCGCCCGCAUAGAGGAGGCAGAAGAAGAAGCAGCUUUGUGCUCGUGGGCACUGCCGGCGAUGUCUCGCUUUCCAGGGACGAAGGAGACGAGGAGGGGCGGAGCUCAGGCCAAGGCGCACAACACGCGCAGGAUGUAAACGCCUUUGGGCGACAUGCGCGCGAAGCCGCGGCCGGCGGCGCGGCCUCUAAAGGCUCGCACGACGCGUCACGCGCCCAGACAGAGAAGAUAAAGUCCAUCGAGUCGCUCGGCGAGGGCGGCGAACCCAGCGAAGGACGCGAAGACACUCUGCCGCUCGCUUCCUUCGAGGAUGCCCAAGAAGAGCCGCUUGGCUUGGAGCUAGCAGAGCAGGCAGUUGACCCCAGUGACGAGGCGAGCCCGCGCGAAAGCGAGAAGCUGCGAGGCGCCAAACUCACGACUUCCUCGCAGUCUUCGAGCCCUUCGAAUAGAGCACCAGGCGCAGACGCCCGCGCCUUGCCUGUUGGAGGAGAAGCCUCCUCGCCCAACUCGGCGGGCGCGCAGGAAACAGAGGCGCGCGCGCCCGCGGGCGACUCGCCCAGUGCAGGCGACGAGGGCGGUCGUUCGCCGUCCUCACCCCCCGGCGGUCCCCCCACGCCGGCGGGCUGCACCCGCCGGCGUCUCGUUCUCCUGACUCCUCCGCCUCCUCUUGGUCAUCAUCUUCAUCUUCUUCCUCUUUCUCUUCUUCCUCUUCUACUUCAGCGUCGCCUUCUUCUGAGGAGCCUCGCGCGCGUUUUCCUGCGGAGGUGUGCCGAGUGA